AUGAAUGAGUAUGCCUCGCAAGAGGAGCAUGAAGUAUGGGAGGAGCAUGAGAAGCAAGAGGAGCAUGAAGUAUGGGAGGACCAACGGAAGCGACCUAGGAAGCGGCGUCUUUUCAGGGACCACCAGCCUCUUCAGGUCCAGACGGCUGCCCAGAAGACAUCAUCAGUGGAGCAGGACGAACUCGACGCAAAUGGCUUUCACCUAUCAGACUUUGAGGACGAGAGCGAUCCGCAGACCAUCGGCGCUGAGCGACUUGCAUGGUCACCUGUUCACGUCCCCUUCUCCGACGAUGCCUUGUUUGACAUCACCCUGACUGGCGACGAUGUUGUGCGCAUGGUCGAAACCGCCUUUCCUGUACUCUCAACAUCCAACAAAAGGAUGAAAAUCUUUUAG